ACCCUACAAUUUCUUGCUGUUUUUUUCCCCUCUCUGAACGCGCCCUGUAGUCCUGUAGCGCAGUCUUGUCACUACCGGGUGGAAACUGCCUCAUAGACAACGGCAUGAUUCGUCGACUGGACUGUAUUUCCUUGACAGUACAAUCUCUCUCUCAAGCAGGCUCCACCUCUCUGGGGUGAAACGACAGACCAUGGACGACAGGAUUGGUUCAGAAGGCGUCAGUCAAUACUAGCACAUAGUGCCGGUGUAUACGGCGGGGCGGGCUCACCUAAGAAAAUUAUAAGGUCAUUUGAAUUACCGUAGCCAGAGAGCCCUCUGUUACAAUGGGGCGAGUAAAAUGAUUGUAGUUAUAGCAAUGGACAGAUGAAAUAACGAGAGCAAAGUCGACCGUGGGCGCCACGCGUAUUUGUUACUAUCAGCCAGGAAGAAGGCACGAAGACCGGUGUGUGUGUGUAAUCAACGCAAGAAAACGCCUGAGCAGUGGAAGCGUUUGCUAAGCCGAUCAAGGUGGAAUUCUACGGAACGGGUUCCACUUCAGGCAUAAUACUCACAUUAGCGUGAUUGUGUGGACGAAAGACCAGGAUGAUACGUCUGGCGUGUUGCACCGCUCUCCUCUUCCUGUUCCGGCUAAUCUUGGGGUUGCCAUGGUAUCAGGUGUUGCCCGCCGUCAUCAUCUUCUACCUGGGUUCCGGGGGAUACAAGUUCUUACAUGUCUUCAUGAAGACGAUUGGGAGAGACCUCCAUGCGGCGGGCGUGCUGCUCAGGGUAAAGCUGAACGUGAGGCGACACCUGCGGCAGCGAAACACCAUCCCCAAGAUCUUCGCCGAGAUGGUGCAGCGGCACGGCGACAAGACGGCGCUGAUCUUCGAGGGCACGGGCGAGGCCUGGAGCUUCCGUCAGCUGGACGCCUACUCCAACCGCGUGGCCAACCUGCUGCUGCUGCGUGGCUACAAGGAGGGCGACGUGGUGGCUCUCUUCAUGGAGAACCGCUCGCAGUACGUGGGCCUGUGGCUGGGCAUGGCCAAGAUCGGCGUGGAGGCCGCACUCAUCAACUUCAACCUGCGCCUGGAGGCCCUGGUGCACUGCAUCAACAUCUCCAACGCCAAGGCCGUGGUGUUUGGCAGCGAGCUGACCGACGCCCUGUGUGAGGUGCACAGCUCUAUGGGGAAGACGGUGGGUCUGCUGUGCUCCGGGGACUGGGAUCCCAAACGGGUCCCUGAGGGAACCGAACUCCUGGAACCUCUGCUGGACGCCGCCCCCAAUCACCAGCCAAGCCCACCAGAUCGCGGCUUCACAGAUCGACUUUUCUACAUCUACACCUCUGGAACUACUGGGCUACCCAAAGCUGCCAUCGUAGUUCACAGCAGAUACUACCGCAUGGCUGCACUGGUGUACUACGGGUUCGCGAUGACCCCAGAUGAUGUGAUGUAUGACUGUCUGCCCCUCUAUCACUCAGCAGGCAACAUUGUCGGAGUGGGCCAGUGUCUGAUCCAUGGGAUGACCGUUGUCAUCAGGAGGAAGUUCUCAGCCUCCAAGUUUUGGGACGACUGCAUCAAGUACAAAUGCACUAUUGUUCAGUACAUCGGUGAGAUUUGCCGGUACCUUCUCAACCAGCCACUGCGCGAGACGGAACAGCAGCACCGCGUACGCAUGGCGUUAGGCAACGGCUUGCGGCAGUCUAUCUGGGAGGAAUUCACCGGCCGCUUCAACAUUCCGCAAAUCGCAGAGUUCUAUGGUGCCACCGAGUGCAACUGCAGCCUUGGGAACUUCGACAACAAGAUAGGUGCCUGUGGCUUCAAUAGCCGGAUCCUACCCUACGUCUACCCCAUCCGCUUGGUGAAGGUGGAUGAGGAGACCAUGGAGCUCAUCAGAGGACCAGAUGGAGUGUGUAUCCCCUGCCAGCCUGGUGAACCUGGUCAGUUGGUGGGCCGGAUCAUCCAGAAUGACCCACUGCGACGCUUCGAUGGCUACGUGAACCAGACCGCCACCAGUAAGAAAAUUGCCGACAGCGUCUUCAAGAAAGGAGAUAGUGCCUACCUAUCAGGCGACGUUCUCAUCAUGGAUAAGUACGGCUACAUGUACUUCAAGGACCGGACAGGAGACACGUUCCGCUGGAAGGGGGAGAACGUGUCCACCACCGAGGUGGAGGGAACCCUAAGCCGUCUGCUCGACAUGAAGGACGUGGUGGUGUACGGCGUGGAAGUGCCAGGAUUGGAGGGCAAAGCAGGCAUGGCAGCCAUCGCAGACCCAGAACAGAGCACCAACCUGGAGAAGUUUGUGCGGGACAUGGACAAGGCCCUGCCCGCCUACGCCCGACCCGUCUUCCUACGCUUCCUGCCAGAGGUCAACAAGACGGGAACCUUUAAGUUUCAGAAGACGGACAUGCGUCGCGAGGGCUUCGACCCCAGCAUGGUGUCUGACAGACUGUACUUCCUGGACUCCAGUAGGGGGGGCUACACGCAGCUGACCGACGAGCUCCACCGCAGCAUCGUCUCCGGGAAACAGAAACUCUAAGGCCUGUCUGUCAGGCCGCCUCUGCCCAAUACCCACGCCUCUGCCCUUGCCCAUGCUCCGCCUACACUGCAUCAAAACAAAUCCUCUCUUAAGGCUCCCUCAAUACCAUGCCACACCCCUCGUUACCUCAGUGACCACAGUGACCACAGUGAGGGGAAGCAGGAACACAUUUCAACCAAUGAACAGACGCCCCUUCUCUCACACCCCCACCCCCAAGGUGAUAUGUCCCACCCCCUCAUUAGCCACAUCCAGGAAUGUCAUUCCACCAAUCAGUGCACCCGGCCACGCCCACAGCUUAACCCUGCCCAAUCUGGCGGCCCACUGGGACAACACGGAUAUGGGCUGCCUGGCACUGGGCGAAAAAAGAAAAGGAAAAAGAAAAAAAAAAAAGAAAAACGAAAUAAAAGCUAAAUAUGAAGAAAUCAACAAACAGUGACUGAAUAAACGAAGGACUUAAUGGAAACACGCAUGUGUCGUGUUUGAUGUCGAAGCGUCAGCCCGCUCAGCUUAACCUGCACAAAGCCUCCAUCACACUCCAUUUGGCUCUGUUCCCCAUAGACAUCUCUCCAGCCGCGAAAGAUCAACCUUUCUCACCUUCGGCUCGCUAACGGGUUCCCUAAUGCAUGUUUCUUAUGGAGGAGUAUGCGCUACAAAUGACCAAAACUGCAGAGGGUUACCGUGCAAUAAGAGCCCUGUGUGGCUAACUGCCCUCUAGAUCUUUCGGCAGCUGACACUGGAACAGAUAUUGGCCUCAUCUGGCGAGGUGCUGGGUC